AUGGUAAUGGAUGUUGUUGGAAAUGUUCAUGAUGAAGGAACUAAUCCUAACCAACAAGGUGUAGCUUUAAGUUUGAUUGAUCGUAUGGAAAGAUUUGAAUUUGUGUUCAUAUUAUUUUUGAUGAAUAAGGAUGAAUUGUUGGCUAAUGUUUCAAAGUUUUGUGUUGAAAAUGAUAUUGAGAUGCCAAAUAAUAUGGAAGAAAGAUUGUUGGUAUGUGGUCUUCCAAGACGUGAGAAGCAAGCCACUACAUAUUUGCACUAUUAUCGUGUUGAGGUUCUUGAUAUGAUCAUGCAAGAUAUGAAUAGUCAUUUUUCAAAAUCUACUAUUGAAUUGCUUUCUUGCAUAAGUUGCCUUGAUCCAAAAUUAGUUCGUAUUGCAGAGCUGUAUCUAGAAAAUUUCUCAGAAUUGGAUCGAAUGGCAUUAGUAGAUCAAUUAGAGAUAUAUCCUCUAGUUUCUCGGUUGAUUGAGUUGGCGUUGGUCUUGCUUGUUUCAACUGCUUCAGUUGAAAGAGAUUUUUGA